UUGAGUCUGAAACUGAGAAUGGCGAGCAAAGAAGAGGAAGACGCAGAUGCAGUGGCAUCAAUGGCAAAGUUGGGUUCUUACGGUGGUGAAGUGAGGUUGGUGGUUGCUGGGGAAGAAUCUGCUGCGGAGGAGACCAUGCUACUUUGGGGUAUUCUGCAACCCACCCUUUCCAAACCUAAUGCCUUUGUCUCUCACUCUUCCUUGCAACUCUCACUCGAUUCUUGUGGUCACUCUCUCUCCAUUCUUCAAUCCCCUUCUUCCUUGGGAACACCUGGAGUAACUGGAGCUGUGAUGUGGGACAGUGGAGUUGUAUUGGGGAAGUUUCUUGAACAUUCUGUUGACUCAGGGAUGCUUGUUCUUCAGGGCAAGAAGAUUGUUGAAUUGGGAUCUGGUUGUGGAUUGGUCGGUUGCAUUGCAGCUCUUUUGGGUGGUGAAGUUAUUCUUACUGAUCUGCCUGAUAGGCUGAGGCUACUGAGGAAGAACAUUGAAACCAAUAUGAAACACAUUUCUCUACGUGGUUCUGUAACAGCAACUGAACUGACAUGGGGAGAUGAUCCUGACCAAGAACUCGUUGACCCCAUACCCAAUUAUGUUUUAGGAUCUGAUGUAGUGUACAGUGAGAGGGCAGUUGUGGAUCUACUAGAGACACUUAUGCAGCUCUCUGGGCCUAAUACAACAAUAUUUUUGGCUGGGGAACUCAGAAAUGAUGCCAUUCUUGAGUACUUCUUAGAAGCAGCAAUGAAUAAUUUCACUAUUGGCCGUGUGGAUCAAAUACUCUGGCAUCCUGAUUAUCGCAGCAAUCGCGUAGUUCUUUAUGUUCUAGUGAAGAAAUGAUUGUUAAGAAUGAUGUUUACUGUUUAGUUGUUUUGUGUAAAGCUGGCCUGGUAACAUAAUGUCCGUGUUGUGCAUCAACAAUUUAACAUUUUGACCACCAUUCUUUCCCCUUGUUCUUAUGUGUUUCU